AUGUGUCUUUUUUUUUAUAUAAACAUGCUCUCUAUUGUGGCUUACAAAUAAUAUAUUGCUUUAUUUUUAAGCAUUUGCAAAUUUGGAAAAAAAACUUUUUAGAACACUGUGAUUGUGAACUUGUGUCGCCCAAAAGAAUUAAAUUUAUAUUCUAUAGGCUUAGUGUUGUAUUAGCCAGCUAACACUUGACAGGUUGUGAGAGACGGGUUGAUAGGGGGCAUUGUCCCUAACAGUUUGCCUUUAACCCAGAACCAUGUAAAUAACUACUUAUGCUGAGUAUUUUUCAAACUUAAAAAAUGAUCUAUGUAUGUAACACCGAAGAAGUCACUUCAUAAUCUGUAAGACAUGCCACUGGACCCAAUAGACCCGAACAGCACCGGUUUGGUGGAAAAGUCAAGUCAUGAUGUCACUCCAAGCCUGAAUGAGACACGAUGAUGGUGAUGAGGCUGCCGGGGGAAGACUUGAGGGAGAUACCCCUUAAAGUUAAAAUCAAUGACAAGCAGUCAAACCAAACGAAACUGACGUUGGCAGACCACAACAGGGAACUGUCCAUUCAGAACUUUCUGCGUCUCUUUACUAAAAAAGAAGCAGCAGCUUGAGAAGAGACGAGCAGAGAAAGUUGAAUUUCCAAAAUGGUUGCAGAGGUUGUUGUUGUACUGUUGCCUGUUGUCAUGUCCCCCCAGUGCCUGUAGUAGUGCUGUAAGAAGCCUCGGUCCGCUGACAAAACCAACACCCUCUUCCCGAUGUAUAACGGCUACUUUAAUCGAAAUAUCAGACGCAGAAAUGCCUGCAGCUUCCUCGCAAAAUUAUACCUCUAAACUAAAUUAGAGGAGCCGCGUGCUGGUGGCCGGAGAGCGGAGCGGAAAACCCCGGGUAUGUGUUGUAGCCGUCGACCGAAGGAAAACUGCUACAUAUCAAGCGAAUGCUAACUGGCUAAGCUACCCUCAGAGGCGGAGCGGCCUGCUAAGCACCGGGACUCGGCGAGAGCUGGAGGCCGCAUAGCUUGCGAGGCAGAGUGGGUUGUUCGCUACGCGAGUCGGGAGGCUCGAGUUCGAAGGUCUCGUAGGCCGACGCUGAUUUUUCAGAUAGUUCCAGCCCUGGGAUGUAUGAAGGCAAACACAUCCACUACUCAGAGGUGGACCACAAGCCUCUGUGUUCAUAUAGCCCAAAGCUCUGCAAGCAGCGUCGGCUCAACGGCUACGCCUUCUGCAUUCGCCAUGUUCUUGAGGACCGAACAGCCCCUUUCAGGCAGUGUGAAUAUGUAGCCAAGUACAACAGCCAGCGCUGCACCACCCCUAUCCCCAAGACUCAGGAUCGCAAGUAUUGCAGCAGCCACCUGCAAGUCAUGGGUGUCCUCCCGAAGAAAGAGAGGAAGAAGAAACAUGACACUCUUGACUCUUUGGCCAUCAACAUCACUGUGCCCUCCCUGGCUUUGAAGUCCCCCAACGGCCUUCACCAUUUAACUCCAUCCUCACCCUCCUCCCUUGCUUGUCUUAUCCCCUUAGACCCCUUUGUCUACUGCAAGGGUGUGAAAGUGAGGAAAGAAGAAAUUAACCUGGGGAUGAAACCUCCAGCCCUCCCAUCACCUAAUCACAAACAGAAACAUAAAGAUUACAAUGUGGCUCCACCUGUUUCGCUCUUGUCCCCUCCUUCCCGUGUUCCUACUCUAUCCACACAGCAGCCUGAAGCACCCAAGCAGGUAUCUACAGUUCCCACCUGCCCUAUGACACUCACCUCAAAGCCUCCCAAAAACUCAUUAGGAACAUCAUGUGCAACAUCACCUGUUCAGACUGAUGGUCAAACCUUGACAAGACCAACCAAUCCCAUGCCACAAAUGUUUCAAAAGCCUGCCCUUGACAAAAGAACCCUACCUACAACUCCAGGCCGCCAACCAAGUAGGAAUGACCUACACUGUCACCCAGUAACACCUUUAAAUCCUGGACAACAUCAGGUUCCCUGCUUGCUACAGCUCAAGAGACUGUUGGCUCUACGGAGGACGAAGCAGGAGGAUUUGAACCCACAUUUCGGAACAGACUGGUCUGAGGACAGUGGAGAAGAGGAAGAUGGCCAGCUUGAAAGAGUUGUAUCAUAUCAGAUUCUGAGCCUUCAGGAGAAAUCCACUGCAGAGAGUGCUGGUGGUGGUGGCUCACGGAGGGAGCGACUGGCAGGUUUGUGCUCCUAUCUGAGACAGAAACACCGGCUCCUGUGCCGGGAAGAGAGAAAGUUUCGGAGGGAGAAAGGGUCCAGAUAUGCUUUACGCAAAGUUCUGCUGCAGGCAGCCUCACAGGACUCCAACCAUGCUGCUCAACUACUUCAGGAACACCAUUCCACAACUUUAACCAACUCCAGUACUGCAGGAUCAUAUGAAGGACGCCCAGACUCAGGACUCUGUGCAGCUCAGGUGGAUGGUGAAGCCUGCACUAACCGCUCCCUGCCUUUCACCCAACACUGCUUCCAACAUGUCCUGCAGAACAGGUGCCAACAGCUGUUCUCAAGCUGCACUGCACGGUUUGCAGACGGGGCACAGUGUUCUGUUCCAGUCUUUGACAUCACACACCAGACACCGCUGUGUGAGGAGCAUGCUAAGAAAAUGCAGGACAACUUCCUACGUGGAGAUGUCAGUCGCAGAACGUAUCACCACCAGCAGCAGCUGCAGCAGCGUAGGCGGCUAAAGAAGGCCAAACUUCCAGCACUAGGCAAAAAACAGAAGAAGAAAAGCAGGAAAUCGGGGGUACGACGUCCUCAGAAGCCCAUUCCCCCUGCACUGCCCCAGGGCAACCUGGCACUGCCCUCCAUCCUGUGCCUAGAGCCUGGUGGCAUCAGCAGGAGUCCCUUAACACCAGACCUGAGCGCCGAUGAACUUCCCGAUGACAUCACUAGUGAUAUCAGUGACAUUCCUCAUGACCUGGAGCUGAACCAGGAGGAUUUCUCAGAUGUUCUUCCCCGAUUUCCUGAUGACCUUCAGGACUUUCUCUUUGAAGGAAAGACCAGCGAACUGUUGCCCACCUCUGAGGAAGCUGAGGAGCUAGUGCGGGUAUUACAGGCCAUGAGCUCCUACCCAGAGUCCCUCGCGUGUCUAAGCAGCAUGGCAGAGCUUGGGCCGGUGGAGGGUUCUGACUGUCGAGGAAUGGAAGGGGGUGUCGUGGACCUUCUCAGCGCCCGCCUGUCGGCCGAGACGCUCUCCAGUUUGGAGCUAGACCCUAGCCUACUACCAGCCACUGAAAACGCCUUUUCCCCAUCUGCACCUUCCCCGCAUCCUCCACUUACUCCCCCUUCAUCCGUAGGCCACCUGACAGACAGCAUAAAUGUGCAGCAGAGACAGCCCCCCACUCUCCUGGCCAAAACUGGUGACCCCAAAGAGGACCUGGGGAACCUGGUCCUCACCCGGGAUGAGGACAUCUCCCACGGCUCCUGGGGCGUUCUGGCCCUCCCCCUCAGCGACUCGGCCCAGUUCCACAGUCUUGUGGCUUCGGACGGCCUGCUCAUGUCCACAGCACUCUCCACCCCUCCUACACCCAUGCCCCCAGCCCCGUGUCAGCCCACCACACUCUCAGCCCUGCCAGAAAGCAGCCUUACCAUCCCGAUCACCUCCAAUUCUUCCUCCUCCUCUUCCUCAGCCUUGUGCACCAGUCAGUUGAAGCACCCCUGCCCCCCUCUGUUCAACCACUGCGGGAUUCCCGCCGACCUGCAGCCUCACCACAGUGCUCCAGCGCCUACUAUGGACCGGACCUGAAUUACACACACCCUUGUGGACAACUGUCAGUAUUCAGGGAGGGUUAGUCACGGGUUCCUCUUCUAUCUCCUAUAUAUGCUCUUCACCAUCUACCUUUUCCCUAUUUUUAUAUUAUUCUUUCUACUUUUCAUUUCUCAGAUACCCCUAAACAAACAGGCUUGUGCCAGGUGACAGCUUACAGAGGGAGCUUUCAAAUCUGCAUUGUUUGGUCCAUACUUUUCAGUUUAAUCCAAAUCAAUGUUAUAAAACAGGUAUGAAGGGUGGUUAAAAAGUUGGAAUUGGGUUCGUUUGCAGUUUGUAUGCACUUUUCUCAGUUUAUUCCUGUAUAAAUUACAGGAAGCUUAGGCAGGCUGUUGUCACCCUUUAAACAAUAGAAAAAGAAAAAGAAGCAGUGUUGUGCCGAAAUCCGACUCCCCUUGGCGUGCAGGUGCAUCCCGUUGCAGUAUGGGUGCAACAGAUGACACUGUUGAUUCCUCUAUCUACUGUAACUGUGUAUUACUCAUUUUUUAUAAACAGAAAUGAAAGAAAGCUAAGGUAAAUAUGUUACACUCCUUCUGCUUUGAGAUGCACCUGCACUUAAAGAUUUCAAGUCAGAAUCGGACAGUGAGGCAGAAUUCGGGACAACACGUGGAAUUGCUUUUCAAACAUAUACCUUCCUAUGAACCAAUCAGGGUCAGGAAUAGAGAGACUCUGCCUACAUGGGUAGGUGAUGAUAAAAAAAUAUGUAGUAAAGUGCACUCAGUCACUAAACUGCAGUGUGAAACUGAACAAAAUUAACCAGACUUUUAACAGUCAGAAUCAGUGUUAGUGGCCAUUUAAAAAUUAGCAUUUAAAUCCAACAGAUUUUGCUACAAUUAUUGUUAUUAUUUAUGGUAAUGGUGAUAGUAGUAGUAGCAUCUCUGUAAGGCUGAUAUUCCUGAAUAAUGGAUAAUCUUGAAAGCAUUAACAGAUAAAUGUUCUUUUAAGAUAAAGAUAAUGAUAAUGGUGGUGGUGAUAAUAAUAAUAACCAUAGCACACAUUUUCCAGUAAUUUAAGACCCAUCAAAAAUAGUGAACCCAUUCUCCCUGCCCUACUAUUUACAGAGCUAUAAAGCAGACAUACAUAUUUUAAUCUGCAUUUUUUUAUAUUUUUAUCAAAUUAACCUGACUAAAUUCAAAAUAUUUAAUGGUGUAAUCCAUAAAUUUAAAUUUUAAAAUGCAUUUUGUGUUUUGAACUUGGGAGUUACUGAAAUUUGAUACUGGAAAAAUACGUUCCAAAAUAUCAACAGUUUUUAGAUAAAAACUAUUCAGAUCCACAAAUAUGUUUGAAAAUGUUUAAUACUUUUGAAAUUUAAAACAUUUUGAACUGUUUAAAACGUUUACAUCAAUUAGUUUUACAUAAAAAAUAUGAAUUUAAGAUGGAGGUUUUACAGCUUAUUCUGAUAUCUUACAAAACACACAAAACAAUGUAUGAAUUACACCAUCAAAUAUUUUUAUGGUUUUAUCAAAAUUUUCAAUAAAAAUGAAUAUUCAGAUAUGUCUGUCAGCCUUUAAGCUGCAUAACUAUUCAAACUGCUUUAACUGAAGUGAAGAACUGGGGUCAUUUUUCAGUUUCCUACAUUCACAUACUGGUAUUCCAUCAUUAUAAUAAAUAUAAAAUAUAUCGUUAUAUUAAUAAAGUGAUUUAGACUGUCACUGGUGCAGGCCUACACCCACCAUUCCCCACCCUCUUCCCCAAAGCAAUAAAAAAUAUUAAACAAAAAACCCCGUCAUGACAUAGUAUAGUCAUGUUUUAUUUUCUAUAGCAAACAGAUAUAGAUGGAUUUUAGACAUGGAAGCGUACCGCUUGUAUUCUUAUAUGCAUAUUUAAUAUAUUUAUAGAGUAGUGAUGAUCUGCACAACUAGUUUUAUUGAUGAGUUGAAAAAGUGAAAAGUGUGGUUACUGGUGGAAAUGUGGUUACUCGUUUAUAAAAUGAAUACAGAAUGGUUGCAUUAUCUGCGAUCGAGGCAGAGGGAACGAGGUGACGGUUGUCUGAGUUGUCCCCUCUCUCAUCCUGUAAUGAUUGAAAUGCUUGUUUUGGCAGGUGGUGUUUGUGCUUUAAGUAGCUGUUAAAGCAAACGGGCUCUGCUUUUGGUGUAAGUGCAAUGAUGAAAACUAUGUAACACUUCCUACUCAGUGUAGUUUAAAUCGAUACACAUUUACACACCCCAAUGUCAUGUAAAGAAAAGCUAUGCUUAAAAAUAUUCACUGUCAUAAAUGUCACAUACUGUAUGUGUGUAAUGUAACGCUGAUGUCCGAGACUAUGUUCACACAGCACGUGGCCCAAAUCCACCCCCCUCACCAAGUCUUUUGUUUCGCUCACUAAGUGUGAACAGACUAAAAUAUCUGCCGAUCUUUUGAAUGUGAUCUAUAUCUGACAUUGGUCUGAUUACUUCACGCUCCUAAACUGACGCUCAUAUGCACUAAAGAGCAACACAUCGUGUGAAGUUUCGGUUUUAUGCUUGCCAGAAAUAUUAAAUAUUUUUUUUUACUAACUGGCAUUGAAUUUGUAUUUUAUAAACCUGAAUGAUGUUUCCUUAAUAAUGAAUCUAAAAAUGAAGGUUUGACCCUAACUCACUGCUGAUAUUUUUUUUUCUCAUGUGGAUAUGUAUGUCAGUACCACGUUAAAGUGGUAAAAUAAGAAUCAAAAACAUGAGAUUUAGUGUGUUUUGUGCCAGUCAAACUGCAACACAAAUAACACCUCCGUGUCCCAAAUUAUGUAAAUGAUAGAAUUUGAGCCACUUUUACCUGCUGUUUGCGCUGUGUAACACAUAUAUUCUAAAGGGCACUGCUUUACUUGAAGCUUCGGUUUCAUCCUUAUCAGAAUCUCAAGAGCUAUGAGGGAGUUUAGGCUGCAGUUGGGCUUGUCACUGAGAAUUCACUUUAACCUUGUUGUCAUGUUAUUUGGACACAGGCAGGUUUUUAGUUUAGUUUUUUCCCCUUUGACACUGCAGCUGCAGACUACACAAAUUACAAAUCUGUGUUACAUAUGACGAAAAUGUUUGAUUUAAGCCACUUUUGCCUGUUGGGUGAACAUAGUCAAAAGCAUUCAUGUUAAGUUACUUCAGACAUUGCUUGUAGUACAGGAGGUGCACCAGGAAUUUGGUUGGGUCAGUUUGAAUGCCCUGUCCUCAAGCAGCACCACACCUCUCUCUGAUUUACACAUUUAGAAGAAAAUGUUCAGUAAAGGCAGUUUUCAAGCCUAAAGAGAAAGGCAGUGAACAGUAAAAUAUUUAAAUAGUAUAUUAAUAAAUGUAUAGCAAAAUGACAAGUAGGCCUGCUAAUGUAUCGGAUGGCUCAAUUCCUCAAACGUGCAUAAUGGAAAGGUAUUCUGAAGCAGAGAGAGAAGCUGGCUUAGAUUUCUUUUAUACUUGUAUUCACUGAAUGUAUUGGAAGAUUUGUUUAUUAUAACCGAAUCGAUUUUAUCAGUCCCUGCUUUGUGAAAGGUAUUUCUAUUGUAUUGACGUCUACUUUUUUUGUUACUAAAGUGUGUGGAUGUGGGUAUGUGGUAAAACACAUGUAUGAGAAACAAUCUUUUUAUUAUUAUUAUUAUUAUUAUUUGAAAUGUGUGAAUUAAAUCAACUAUGACCAUGAA